AUGAAGCCGCCGGCGGCGAGCCCGGGGCGCGCGGAGAAGCCGCAGCUGCCGGCGCCGGCGCCGCCGGGCCUGGCUCGGCUGCUGCUGAGCAAGAGCCGGCGGGGCGCGCGGUCGCGCCGGGCGCCGCCGGCCACGUCGCCCAUGUUCGUGUCCCGCGGCGCGCGCACCCGCGCCGCCGCCGACGGGGCGGAGCCCUCGUCGCCCAAGGUCACCUGCAUUGGUCAGGUGCGGAUGCGCAAGGCGGGGAAGAAGCCUGCUGCGUCUGCGUCGUCGUCGGCGGGGGCCGGGCGGGACAAGGGCGGCGCCGCCGGCGCCAGGGGCGGCGGCUACUACUACUGCCGCUGCCUAAAGAAGGCGUUCCUGUGCGGCGGGAUGUUCGCGUUCGACUCGCGCAAGCGCAGGCACAAGGCGCCGCCACCGGAGGCUCCCGCGGCGGAGCGCGGGCGGCGGUCGCCGUGGGUGUUUAGCAGCAGGGACGUCGCUGUUGCUGCGGCGCCUAAGACGGCCGCCGAUCCGAGGAGCGGUCGCCGGGCGGAGGAUGAGGACGAGGAGGAAGAGGAGGAGCAGAUGCAGGUCGGCGUCGGGGUCUUCGGAUCCAUCGGCCGGGAGGAAGGCGACAAGAUGGGGAUCGACGCCGGCUGCCACGGCGAGGAGCAGGACGACGACGCGCAGUUCGUGUCGUCCGCCACCACGACGCCGCCCAAGAACGCGCUCCUCCUCAUGCGCUGCCGGUCCGCGCCGCAGAACCGCACGUCGCCGCUCACCUCCCGGUUCCCCUCCACCGCCGCGGGGUUGGGACCGUCGCCGUCGCCGACCAGGGACGCUCUCGCCGCCACGGCGUCCCCGUCCGCCGGCAAGCCGGAGAAGCUGUCGCCGUCACCGUCCCCUUCGCCUUCGCCUUCCCCGCGGAAGCCGGCGGCGGUGGACGAGGGCGGCGUGACGACGCAACAAGGAGGAGCUGCGGCGGCGCGUGAGCAGCAACAGGAGACGCAGGAGCUGAUCCUGGGCGGAGAAGAAAAAGAAGAUGAAGUAGAAGACGACGACGAGUUCGAUGCGUACGACGAGGAGGACGAGACGAUGCGGUGCUCGUCGGCGCGGCCGCUGGUGCUGCAGCGGUGCAAGUCGGAGCCGGCGACGACCGCGGCCGCGAAGAUGGCGGCGGGGCCCGCGGCCGAUGCGACGGCCGCCGGGUGCUUCUGGGCCCACGGCGGGAGCAGCGGCCGGAGGAGGCACGCGGCGCCGGCGGUGGCAUUGACCGGUCACUGA